AUGCCUUCAAAUUGUGGGAGGCCAAUGCAGAUCACGCCAUUUUCACGGGUACACCCUCAGAGCUCUUUAAUGUUAACUAGGAGAAUCCAGGGUCUUGGCUCGAAACCCAACCUCUCAGCCUGGUCCUUGGUACCCGCUCCUCGGCCAUCGCAUUUCUGGGGCGGCCUGGGCUCACCCGGAACAGGUCUUCUCCUCCGCGGACAACUCCGUCAUGGGAAAGUCAGGCCCGCGCAAGCAGUAAAGCAGGUCUCGGUUGUGCGGCGCUGCAGCGCGGAGCCCGCCGUGCCGCCAGCGCGUCUCCCCAGCCCAGCCGGCGCUCUGGCCGCUGCUCUCCCGCUCCCGCCUCAUUACAGCUUUUUAAUUUCCAGGCCUGGCAGGCCUCCUAAACGUUCUUUGGGAGUGUUGCAGGACAAUGCUCGCCUUUUGCCCCAUUCAGUUUCUGGCCUUUUAUCACCAGGACUUAUCACUCCAACAGGUAUAACAGCUGCAGCAAUGGCUGAAGCAAUGAAACUGCAGAAGAUGAAGCUUAUGGUAAUGAACACUCUUCAGGGAAAUGGAAACCAAAAUGGAAAUGAAUCAGAGCCUGAUGAUCUUAAUUCUAAUAUUGAUCAGGAAACAGAGGUGCAGUGUGGUUCGGCUUUGCUCAUAGCCCCAAAGCUAGUAAGUGUCAGAGGUAUAUUUCAAUCCCAUGUCUGGUUAAGUCCAAAGGCUGUUUCAGUCACAUUCUUCCUCCUCUUUAAUAUUGUUUUGAAGCAGAGAUUUUAUUCUAUCAAACCCUUCAAAUAAAAGUUGUUUUUAUAUGAGGUUGCACUGAUAAACUCAUGAUCAGUUUCCUAGUCCUAACACCUUUUAUUUCAUAUUGGCUUUCAAAUCUUCUGGUGUCUUAGAAUGACCAUUAUUUGACAGGAAACCACUUGUAUAUAGAAAUAAUUGUUAAAAAAUAAUUGCUGUGCUAAUAAAAAUUAAUGGGAGUUCAAGCAGUAAUUUUUGUCAUGUUUUUCUUAGGCAUACUAGUUUAUGAAAAAAACUGUACAAAAUUUGUAGGUUAUUCCUUUAUAAUAAGUCAAUAAAGACAUUGGAGAGAUGUACCGGUGACCUAAUUUCUAACUUAGAAGUAGUUAAUUUUCCUGGCUAAAUAUGAUCUGUCCUAACUCCGUAUACCCAUAAUUGUGAUAAAAUAAAGUAUUAGGUUUUCAUUUGUGUAUAAUAUUAUACUUGAUGCUAUAGAAAUGAAAUUAGAGUAGUCAUAGUGCAUGACCUUGCAGAGAUUGUAAUCUAUCUGCAUCUUGAUGUAAUGAAGGUAAGCAGAUAUAAAAAAUAAUUAUAAUGAUGAUAAUAAGAAUAAUAUGUAUUUAAAUGAAGAAGUCCCUGAGGUUUUCAAAGUCUAUAAAUGAACACUGCUACCAUGUCUGUACAUGCAUACAUACUAGAUUCUGUUACAAGGAGGGAUCCCCUCAGCCGUAACUUUCCCCCAUGAGGUAUUAGAGAGCCGGUAGCCCUCAGCAAUCUUUGCCACUGAAGACUGCAGCUGCUCUCACUGCCACCACAGACAACCACAGAUUUGUCUGUCAAAGAACUUCACAGUCUUUGCCAAUGGUGAUCUCAGCUGAUGGAAUUGCACAAAGACAACACUGCUCUGCCCUCCCCAUUCCUAGAUCUGGAGCUGCCAUUGUGCUUUCCUGGAGCCAGAGCUGCCACAAUCCAUUUAGUCAAUGUCUUUGCACCCACCUGCCUGUGAAGGUCUUUCCCUAUUGAAGUGAGUCCAUAGAGUCUGAAAGAGGUGCCUACUGCUUCAAAUGUGCAGACAGCAAUGCAAAGUCAUAUGGAAUAUGAAAAAUCAAUAAAACACCAC